CUGUUGUUGAAACGAAACAGACAAGCCUAUUACAAAGAUUGAUAUGAAGGCACCUAGUGGACAAAAGAAGCGUAAGAAGCCAAAAAGACCAAAGAAAGGAAGAACAAUGACUCAAGAAGAACUAGAACAAUUCAAAACUGAAGUCAAGAAUGAGCAAAUAGAUGACCUAUGGAGUGACCCUGAAGACUGGGAAACUGAGAAUAUAAGCGAUUCAGAAGAUUUCUCAGACGACACUUUCAAUCUAACCAAAUAAGGGCAAUACUAAAAGCUUAUUCAAAGAUGAGUUCAUGGAUAAAGUCCAAGAUCACUUGGUUAAACCUGUAAUGAGGGUCUAUGAAGACUUAGGUCCAUUCAAGUAUAGAAAGAAAGAUUUCACUGAUAUGAAUCUAGAUGAAUCAAAGCUAGAGACUAGAAACCCUACCAAACUAGAUGAUGACUCUUAUUACUUUGGCCAAUGGAUCCAAGACACAGACAUCCGUGAAGGAAGGGGUAUCUCCAUUUCAGACGAAGGGAACCUCUACGAAGGCUUCUGGAAGGCAAACAAAGAGUCCGGCAAGGGGAGAACCAUCUUCAUUAACAAAGAUGUGUUCCAAGGAACUUACAAAGACGGAGUCCCAGAAGGAUAUGGCAUCUUGAAGCAGAAAUAAAGGAACAGGCAUGAAGGGAUACUUCAAGAACAGGAAGCUACACGGCAAAGGAUAUGAGAAGGUCUCAGACGCUACUUAUAGAGGAGAUUUUGUAAAUGGCAUCAAGGAAGGAAGCGGAAGGCUUGAUAUGAAUGAUAAAUCAAAUUAUACAGGAGAGGUCAAAAAUAAUCAGCUCCAUGGUAAAGGAAUUUAUAGAUGGGAUGAUGGCAGGUCUUAUGAAGGGGAGUUUAAGAAUAACAAGAUGAAUGGAGUUGGGUUAUUCAAAUUCCCUGAUGGCAAAAAGUAUGAAGGAGAAUACUUGGAUGAUAAAUAAGCACGGCCAAGGUGUCUAUACUUGGCCAGAUGGCAAAAAAUAUGACGGAUCUUGGAAAAAUGGUAAACAAAAUGGAGAAGGCAUUUAUACAAACUCAACAGGUAAUACAAAAAGAGGCAUCUGGGAGAACGGCACAAAAAAAGGAUGGAUAUAA